ACUAUCAUCACUAAUAAGAAUAUAGAAUGUCCUGGCAAACAUACGUCGAUUCAAGCUUGAUUGGUACUGGUAAAAUAGCAAGGGGUGCUAUCAUGGGUGUACAAGGUGGUAUUUGGGCGAUUUCACAUGGUUAUCAACUCGCUCAAGAUGAGCAAACAGCUAUCUUAGGCUCAUUCGCCAACUCAGAGGCAACUCAAGCUUCUGGAAUCAGACUCGCUGGACAGAAAUUCCUCACCCUCCAAGCAGACGAUGCACACGUAUACGGAAAGAAGGGUGGAAAUGGCUGCGUCAUCGUAAAAACAAAUCAAGCAAUUCUUAUCACUGAAUAUGAAGCACCUGUACUCCCAGGAGAAGCCACAGUGGUUGUCGAAGGGCUCGCUGAUUACUUGCGAUCCGUAGGCUACUAAACUAGGUUUUGAAUUUGUAUGAACUGAAUGAAUAGAGAAUUUUUAAAAGAUCUGUAUCUACUAUGUAAUUCCCCUAUUACAUU